CUCUCCAAAAUCUUGCCUCUAAUCCAAUGCAACGAGUGGGCAGCAACUAUAGACCUGUCGGAUGCCUACCUACACGUCCCUGUAGCCCCCUGGUCACAGAAUCUGCUCGGCUUCGCGAUAGGGGAAAGAACAUAUGUCUAUCAAGCCCUCCCAUUCGGACUUCGCUCAUCCCCUCGCACCUUCACUCUCAUAGUAAGAGCAGUCGCAGCCGCACUACGAGAGAGAGGGAUAAAAAUAUUCUGCUAUCUCGACGACUGGCUGCUUCUAGGCCUCUCACAACAGUCACUAAACAGACAGGUUCAGACCACAAUCGAUCUCGUCACCAGUCUGGGGUUUAUCAUAAACAGAGAGAAAUCAAAACUAACCCCAACCCGGAACCCAGAUUUUCUGGGGGCAUCCAUAGAUAUCCAAAGUCAAAAAGCAACGCCAACACCUCACAGAAUCCUAAAGGUGCAAGAGACGGCUUCCAACCUACUCCAUGCCCCAAAGUCCUCGGUCAAAUACUGGCAGGUCUUCUUGGGUUUACUGGCAAGCCUAGUGGAUGUGGUACCUCGAUGCAGACAACACAUGAGAAUUCUCCAAAUCCACCUACAAAAAUACCUAUGCCCAACGUCACAGGCAAACAAGACAAUGGUUCCCAACAAUUCCAGGACUCGAGCAGCAAUUCAGUGGUGGCUGCACCUCCCCAAUCUAACGGCAGGGAAACCUUUUCAAUUCCCCCCUCCAACCCUCACGAUCCUAACGGAUGCAUCGAAACAAGGUUGGGGAGCAGUGCUAGAUCUCGACCAAACCGGGGGGGCAUGGAACCCUCUGGAAAGAAAUUGGCACAUCAACAAAUUGGAAAUGGUAGCUGUCCAACGGGCCCUCCUACAUUUUCAGACAGAGAUCGAGGGGAAGUCAAUCCUCAUAAAGUCAGACAACAAGACUGUAGUGGCUUUUAUCAACCAUCAGGGGGGAACCAGAUCAAGAACCCUGUGCUUCCUAACAUUGGAAAUCCUUCAGUGGUGCAUCAACCAGGCAAUCUUCAUCCGGGCAUCGUACAUACCGGGCAAGGACAACUACAUUGCCGAUUUCAUAUCACGGGGGAGAUAUCUACCGACGGAAUGGAUGCUCCACCCCGUGAUAACGAGACACAUCUUCAAUCGAUUUGGCCAGCCGUCUGUCGACCUAUUUGCUUCGGAACUGAACAGACAAUUACAAACAUAUUGCACAAAACACAGGGACCCCAAGGCCCUGGCAACAGAUGCGUUCUCGAUCCCGUGGAACAACGUUCUCAGCUACGCUUUUCCUCCCUUUGCAAUCAUCACAAGGGUACUGACCAAAGUCCGGGAGGAGAAUGCCACCACCCUCCUAAUCGCCCCAUGGUGGCCCCGUCGACCAUGGUUUCCAACUCUGGUGAACCUUCUGAACGAUUACCCAGUAAUCCUACCAGACAGAAAGGACAUACUGAGACAACCGGGGACAACACAGUACUACCCGAACCCUUCGAGACUGAAACUAACACUCUGGCCAAUUACAGGGCAACAGCACUUGCGGCGGGACUUUCUGAAAGGGCUGCCGAUCUUACAGCACAGUGCCUCCGAGAGUCAACUAGAUCCACCUAUGAUUCAAGACUUCUGCACUACAUCAGAUGGUGCCGGGAAUCAGAGAUUGAUCCACCCAAAGUAUCUUUAGGUGAACUAGCUGAAUUCCUUAUCUCUCUUUAUGACAAGGGUCUUUCACUUAACACUAUUCGUGGCUAUAGGUCAGCCAUAGCUGUUAUUCACAAAGGGUUUUCGAACGGCGAAUCUGUAUCCUCAUCUAUCAUGCUGACAAGGUUAAUGAAAUCGUUUUUUCUUACUAGACCCAGUAAGAAGACGUUGUCUCCUGCCUGGAGUCUCCCCAAGGUACUCCAAACUCUUAGUAGGGCCCCAUAUGAGCCCCUACACAAAGCUUCUCUUAAAGACCUUACGAUCAAGACAGUUUUUCUCCUGACAACAGCUUCUGGUCAACGUCGCAGUUCUGUCCAUGCACUUACCACCAGCUCAGGUCACAUACGCUGGGAGAAGAACAAAGUAAGGCUCCUCCCACAUGCACGCUUCUUAGCCAAAACCAACGUGAGUCAUCCCAGCCCCUGGAGAUUGUUCUUCCUUCCAUACAGUCCCUCUCCUCCAUCGCUGAAGAUAAACUGUGGUGUCCAGUUAGAGCUCUAAAGUGGUACAUAAACAGGACACAGAACUUACGGUCAUCAGAGCAACUUUUCGUUAGUUGUCUACCACCACAUAAAGCUGUCUCUCGUGAUACCAUCUCUCGUUGGAUUGUGUCGGCUAUCAAAUCAGCGGGCCAGGUUGCCCUCUUUUCUGACAGAAUUCGAGCACAUGACACAAGGGGCCUUGCUGCCUCAUGGGCCCUCUUCAACGGUGCCUCCAUGGAGGACAUACUCAACGCUGCAUACUGGUCAAGUUCAAACACCUUUACGGCAUGCUACCUGUCCGAUGUACUUCAGACUGAGACUGAGUUUGCAAGGGCAGUGCUGUCUUGCUCAAGAUCUUAAAUUGGGUAAGGAAUUCACACGAUGACUUAUUUAUGUUUUGGUCCAUCAUCUAUCUGUGUUCCCUUCCUCCCAUAGUUAACAUGUGGUAAUCUAGCAUUAAUGGUAUAGGUAAGUAUGGCGUAGUCUGCCGUAGAUUUGUAUUUUCAGUAGUGAAAAUCAUAUCUACUAAGUAGCCAUACUUACCUAUACCAAACCCGCCCUCCUUCCCCUUGAGUUAGAUGAUGGCGUAACAGGCGCCUUGGAAAGAGGAAGUGUUAUUGGCGCGGGGCCUUAUAUACUACUGACGGUCGGGGUUUCCUGCACUGACUCCGACGGAGUAUGACGUCACAAAAAGACUUAGUCUGUGUUUACAGACUCUUUUUUGUGUUUUUCUCUAAGGAGAAAACCUUUGCCGGUAAAUAGCGGGUAAAGUAAGGGAAUAGCAUUAAUGGUAUAGGUAAGUAUGGCUACUUAGUAGAUAUGAUUUUCACUACUGAAAAUAC